AUGUAUAUAAUUUAUUAUACAAUUGAGUACCCGGGGACAAAGAAGCUCCUUCGUUGCGAACUACAACCGACUAGGAAUGCUGGUGACUCACCAGAAUGCUGGUAUUUCAAUGGAGUCGCAAACUCUACAGGUAAAUUGUAGUAAACUCUUGUUAACUGUCAUUUUCGUUUGACAAAGUCUCUUCUCAUUUUUCUCCAUCAUCGAGAAUAACCCUUCCUCCUUGGUUGUGUUCUGCAAUCAGACAUGAGUGAUAUGAAGCUAGGCAACCAUGCAGAGGCGUUCUUAGUAUAUGGUGCAGUUCUUGCAUGAUAUAGCAUAUACAAUACCACUAGUGGCUUAACCAGCCUUUAUCGUCUAACCAUCAUAUUCUUUAUUGUAACACAUUUUUAGAUGCAUCUCCAGCACCAGAAUUGUCCCCAAUCGCAGGUAAGAAUCCAGAAAGCAUCCUAGAUUAAACCAAGGGUUAGUCACAUGGGAGAAGAAAGCUUUUAUGACCUGUUCCAAACAUCACAGGUUUCUCUUGGUACUCUAGUUUCCCACUGCAAUAACACUGGAUCAAAUAAGAAUGGGCCUUUCUGAACCCUGAGGAAGAAUAAUUUAGAACUCAUAAACUAUAAAUAAUUUUUGUUGGUUUAGCUUUCCACUAUAAAUAAAUUUAUUUCUAUAACAUUACGUACAAUUUAUAAUAAUAUAUGUAAACAAUUAUGCCGUGUCGCAAAACUGGGACAAUGAAUCCAGACUAAUAAUCGUCUUUCCACACAGAUUGUCUUUACUUAAACGGGAGCAGUUACCAUGGCAACAUAUCAGUAACAGCCUCCGGUAUUUCGUGUCAGUCAUGGACAGAGCAAUGUCCACAUCGUCAUACCAUGAACAAAACAGAUCCAGAACUAAAUAACGCUAAGAAUUAUUGUCGAAAUCCUAAGAACUCUGGACAACGACCUUGGUGUUUUACUACAAAUAGGAACAAGAGAUGGGAGUACUGUGAAAUCCCUAAAUAUAUACGAGGUAUAAAAUAAUAUCGUACUGCGAUAUACCUAAACGCAUACUGGAUAUAGAGUGAUAUUGUGAGUGACUGAUGUCCUUAAAUGUAUACCAGAUAAACUACAAAGUUUGAGGUUGAAUCAACUGAAAAAUAAUGAACAGUUAAUUGUUCUCUGUGUUCGCAUAGUCCAGGGCCUGUUCUCUUCGCCUCAUUUUCAAAAAAAGCCCUGGGAACGACGUUGAUAAUAACGUGGGUCGUAUGGUACAUGGCGCCCAAGUUUACCUUCGAUUAGUCGCAUGCAAUUUGCUUAUAACUUGAGUUGUACUGUGUAAAUCAAGAACACAACUCGGCUACAUUGUUGUAGGUGAGUUGUGUGCUUGAUUUGCACAGUACAACUCAAGUUGUAAGAUGGGAGACAAAAGUUGUGUAGUGUAAAUCGGUCUUGUGAAAAUGAAAUUAAACCAAAUAAUCUUAUUUUUAGUUAAUGUACAGAAAAUUUUAACAAACAAGGUUGUUUAAAUGCAGCAACAAAACCUCAAUGUUUUUCUUCUUUACAAGUUGAUGGUAGUUAUAGCAACUGGUCAUUAAACAGUACGUGCAAUGUAACUUGCGGUGAAGGUUUUGGAACAUGGUCACGAGAAUGUAACAACCCUGAGCCAAAAUAUGGUGGAAGAAACUGCAGUCAUCUAGGAGAACCUGUUGAGUACAGACCAUGUUCAGCGAAGGCUUGCCCUGGUACGUCAACUCUACAUUAAUAAAACAAUUCUCAGUACAAAGUGACUUAUAGUUUCCCUCGGUACUUUUUAUUAUUAUCUUUAGUUAACGGUGGUUACAGCAACUGGAUUUUGAGUAAGCCAUGCAGUGUUUCAUGUGGUGAUGGAGUGGAAAUAUGGCGACGCUUUUGUAAUAAUCCUGAACCAAAAUACGGCGGUCAUAACUGCAGUGGUCUUGGAAACUCGACUGAGUUUAGAAACUGCAGCAGAAAGCCAUGUCCAAGUAAGAUUAAACUGUACUAGAUAUCUCUUCCAUUUCUUAUAGCCUUAUUCCAUCUCUUAGAACCAUUCCUUAUUCUCGCUUCAACGGGAAACCUUAGUAAUCUUAUGAUAAAUAUCAAUGCCCAAAAUACGUUAAAAAGCUACCAAAAAAUGAACUAAUGUUUCGUUCGCUGAGCGGAGGUGAACAUCCCGUGUAUCAGGUAGGAUCAAGAUGAAGUUUUUUGCUUUUAAAAUACAUUGCAUUUCUUCUUAGCAUAACCUAAAUAUAAAACAUACCAAAGUGCCACCUCAUUCUGCAUUUCUAUUUCUAUGAACUGUCUGUGUCAGUGUAGGUAGUGCCAAUAAUAUAAACAAGGUUUGGUCGGCAGGGAUGCAACUACCCAAAAAAUGUAAGUAGAAUUUCGACGUUUGGAGCGAAGGCCCUUCGUCUGGACUCUGGAGUAAAUGAUGGAGUUACUAGCAGGAGUCGGGAAAAAUACAUGAGCUUUUAUAGUAAGAAUACUAGAAAAUACAUGCAUGCAGAAACCCUCGCCUUGCUGACAAAACCGUUGUAUUUUCCGAACAUGAAGUAUCUAAAGUAGUUGUCAUGGUAACACGAUAAUUUUUUAAGAAUAUUCUUACAAAUGAAAAUCGCCCAAAAAUAUCACUUUUAAUUACAAAAUUAUCAAUUUCCCAACAUAUUUAUGUUAGGUAUGUAAUUAUACGUAAUACAAGCUUCAAUUUAAGGUAAAAUUUAACCACAAACAAUUCACAAAACGUUUUAAAGAGUUCUUUAUAAAACUAAACUGCCUUUAACAAUUAACUAUUAAAUGGCUUUUAUAUAUCGAUAAACUUUGAUUUUGCAAUAAAAUGAUUUCAAAUUCUCGCUUGCAAAUAACUUUGCUUUAUUUUUUAUUUAAAAAAUUCAAUAUAAUAAAAAAGGGAAUCAAUAUUAAAGAUACACUGAAAUUAUAUGCUGUCUUGUUUAGUUGUUUCAUAUACGCAAAGGCCGUUGGGUUUUAAAGCCAUUAUAAAAUCAAUAUUUAAAACAAACUUACCUUCGUUAACGUCGGCUCCCUUCUUUUAGCUGAUUCUUUCGCCCUUUCUUUCUUGAAAUUUACAAAAUCUUGCAGAAAUACGAGCAAAAAUGAAGAAUAUUUGCAAGAAAUUAGUCAAUCAUCAACUCAUCAAAUCAAGAUAUGUUUGUUGUUUGCUAUUUCGCUGUCGUCAUGCAGCCGUUAUAAUGCAAACUUUAAAUUGGACCAAUCAGUGUCUGUUAUUCAUGACAGUCCGCCAUAUUUUUGAGAUCAGUGAGGAUGACCACCCAUCGUUGGUGACCGACGCCCGCGCUCAUUGAUGAACUUUAGACUUCCCUAAUGCUUUCGUUUCCCCGGGUGUAAAUAGCCGGGGGGGAUUAGUACCCUCGCACGGCGCUUCGCGCCGCCGGCUCGGGGAUAACUUGCUUCUGAGGACAAGGAAACAACUCGUUCCUAUAUUGUCAUUAUGUUUGUUCUUGUUAAAGGUGCCGCAGUAAUUAAACUAGAAAAUACAUGCAUGCAGAAACCCUCGCCUUGCUGACAAAACCGUUGUAUUUUCCGAACAUGAAGUAUCUAAAGUAGUUGUCAUGGUAACACGAUAAUUUUUUAAGAAUAUUCUUACAAAUGAAAAUCGCCUAAAAAUAUCACUUUUAAUUACAAAAUUAUCAAUUUCCCAACAUAUUUAUGUUAGGUAUGUAAUUAUACGUAAUACAAGCUUCAAUUUAAGGUAAAAUUCAAAAGUGUUCUUUAUAAAACUAAACUGCCUUUAACUAUUAAAUGGCUUUAUCGAUAAACUUUGAGUUUGCAAUAAAAUGAUUUCAAAUUCUCGCUUGCAAAUCAACUUUGCUUUAUUUUUUAUUCAAAAAAUUCAAUAUAAUAAAAAAGGGAAUCAGUAUUAAAGAUACACUGAAAUUAUAUGCCGUCUUGUUUAGUUGUUUCAUAUACACAAAGGCCGUCGGGUUUUAAAGCCAUUAUAAAAUCAAUAUUUAAAACAAACUUACCUUCGUUAACGUCGGCUCCCUUCUUUUAGCUGAUUCUUUCGCCCUUUCUUCUUGAAAUUUACAAAAUCUUGCAGAAAUACGAGCCAAAAUGAAGAAUAUUUGCAAGAAAUUUAUCAAUCAUCAACUCAUCAAAUCAAGAAAUGUUUGCUAUUUCGCUGUCGUCAUACAGCCGUUAUAAUGCAAACUUUAAAUUGGACCAAUCAGUGUCCGUUAUUCAUGACAGUCCGCCAUAUUUUUGGGAUCAGUGAGGAUGACCACCCAUCGUUGGUGACCGACGCCCGCGAUAUUUGAUGAACUUUAGACUCCGCUAAUGCUUUCGUUUCCCCGGGUGUAAAUAGCCGGGGGGAAUUAGUACCCUCGCACGGCGCUUCGCGCCGCCGGCUCGGGGAUUAAAUUAAGUUAAAUUAAAUUAAAUUAAAUUAAAUUAAAUUAAAUUAAAUUAAAUUAAAUUAAAUUAAAUUAAAUUAAAUUAAAUUAAAUUAAAUUAAAUUAAAUUAAAUUAAAUUAAAUUAAAUUAAAUUAAAUUAAAUUAAAUUAAAUUAAAUUAAAUUGAAUUGAAUUGAAUUGAAUUGAAUUGAAUUGAGUUGAGUUGAGUUGAGUUGAGUUGAAUUAGUCAAAACAAAGUAUAAACAAAAAAUAUGUAAAUCACAUUACAGAAUAUAUUGAUACAAAUAUACAGAAAACUACAGCAAAUACAACAAAAUAUAUGAAUUAUAUGAAAACAGGGCCGUAACGACCGGUGCAACACCUCCUCCCCCCCCCCCCUAUAAUUACUCAUGAGCAAUUCCAGGUAGAUUUCCAGUAGACUUUCAUGUAAAUUGAGGUAAUUCUCAGGGCAUAAAAAGUGAACUGUAUGCUCUGACCACCUUAAAACGUUGAGACGCGUUGGAGAUAUUUAUUGGAGACAAAAUUUGACGAUCUGGAGAGUCCAAAUUUUAAAAAUGUUCUCAAUUUUCCUGGUCAAAUUAAACUGAAAGUAACAAUACUUAUCUUUAUUGUUAGGCAAUACUAAAAUAUUGAAAUAUUGGUUAGGAAAGUUUCAAAUUUUCAAAAUAUUUUGCUCGGUACCAACCAUGGUGACGCCUUGCAGGCGUCGCAAAAUCUGGUAAAAACGUAAAGUUGGAAAAAUUCAGGUAAAUCUAACCUUCCCCCCCCCCCGAAGGCAAACUCCAACGGCCGUGUAUAUGAAACAAAUAUGCAAUUUUUAAUUGUUACCUUAUUUCAUACUUGUUUCAUAUAUUUCAUAUAUUUUGUUGUAUUUGCUCUAAUUUUCUGUAAUAUGUUUUACAUAUUUUUUUGUUUCUACUUAGUUCGGACUAAAUCCAUCUGAUUGGUUCAUCUUUUGUCACGUGAUGUUUUUAUAUUCUUAGUAUAAGAGCUCAUGUAUUUUCCCCGAUACCGCUAGUAACUCCAGACGAAGGGCUUCGCUCGAAAGUCGAAAUUCUCCUUAUAUUUAUCAGGUAGUUGCAUCCCUACCAACAAAAGCUUGUUGUUUAUAUUUCUAGUCGAUGGUUCGUACGGCAACUGGACAGCGUCACCAUGCAGUGCCACUUGUGGUCAAGGUGUCGAAAUAAGGAUACGACAGUGCGAUAACCCCCCUGGAAAAUUUGGAGGAAAUUGUAGCAAACAAGGACCGGCUCAAGAAAUUCUGACGUGUAAAGUGAAUCCUUGUCCAGGUAAAAUCUUCCUCUAAUGGUUAUUAGUAAUAAUAAUUUAAUAAUUUUGCCAAAAUUGGUGGGUUUAAUUUAAUUAAAAAACUAAGCAACAGCGCAUUGUGUUCAAGCAGACUUUAUCAGAUAGUGGCGUGAAUUGUUCUUUUUGGUGAGUGGGCAAAAUAUGUUGCCGAUGGCCACUUGUCGUUGCUGUAAAUCGUAAUUAUAUUUAAACCUCUCUGCCUCAAAUUUAAUGCAAUAUAUAGCUUAUAUAAAUUAUAGCCUACCAAUGGUUUCAUAGUUGAAAAAUUAUUAUUACAGCUUUGUUAAACAGUUAUACAGGUAUCAUUCAAAGUAUUUCAGUAAUUGGUGGAGGGGAGGGGUGAUUACCCCCAUAUAACUUUUUCCCCAUGGACAAACUGUUGCAAGGGAUGGUAACAUUGAAAUAUCAAGAGGGCUAUCUCCUUAUUUUAUAGAGAAUGUCAUUUUUGUGCCAAUUGUUUUUCUGCUAGAAUUAUUCAUUUUACUGAGUUGACUCGCUAUUUCACAAAACGCGCUGGUUUCUUCCCUGGAACAAACAAAACAUGCAUUGCAAGUAUCGGAUCACAUGUUUGUCAUGUGAUCUCUGCACCUAACAGGUUCAUAGCUCUUGAAUCUGGUGACUUCUAUUGCAAGAUAAAUUAAAUCCAAUCAAAGCUAUAGGCAGUCAGCAAAAAGUUGUCAAUUCUAUUAUCGCGACCAAGGAGAGCAAUCGAUAAGUGAGGUGGAAAGACGCUCUUUUCCAUUCAAGUGAACAAAUAUAUUUAAAAAAUUUCAGUCCACUUCGACUCUCAGAUGAUUGUUAUCACCGUUGUUGCUGCUGUUGUUUUUGUGAUCAUCGUAACAGUGGCAUGUUUUAUUUUCAUUCUUCGAAGACGACGUCGAAAACCAGGUGAGGUCAAGAUCAAAUUUGUUCUAAUUCAAAGAUAAUUGUUCUAACCUGUCAUUAGAACAAAAAGAUUAGAGAGAACAUUAUAACCUGUCAUUCAUUUCUUCUUUCUAAACUGCCUUCAUUAAAGCAAGUGAGGUUGGAUAUUUAGUCUUUUACACUUUAUCCACUCAUUUAUUUACAACUUUCUUCAAAUUAUUUAGAAAUUUUAUAAUGUCGUUUGAUUUGAAAAAGUUAUUAAUGUGCAAACUACGAUUUCAAGUUAUCAAAGUGACUUUAUCCCGAACAAAUCUUUUGAAAGAUAUGUCAAUUGACUUAACUUACUGUUCUCCCUCAGCCAACGUCGAGGAGCGCCGUUCCGGGCGUAAUCCCGGGGUGAGGGUACUAAUUCCGCCCGGCUAUUUACAGUCGGGGAAAGGAACACAUUAGUACAGAAUACGGUACAGAAGCCCAUCCCCAUUGUUUUUUGCGUAAGCGCUGUUUGUCAUGAUUCGUCACUCAGCAAGUACAGUAAACAAAAGCAGUCACACCCCAGGACGUGCGUAAUUUUGAAUAUUUCCAGGGGGUUGACUACUUCUGUUUAGGGUACUUGCUGAGUCACGAAUCAUGACAAACAGCGCUUACGCAAAAAACAAUGGAGAUCGACUUCUGUAUAGUGUUCUGUGGCAGCGGCGUAACCAGCUCGACAAUUGGGGGUCCAUAUUCAUAUAUUCGUGUUCUGCAUUGUUGAUUUCUUUCGAAAUCUAUUGUUUUUAUGAACACGAAUAUAUGAAUAUGGACCACCCUAGUUAUCCGAGCUGGCUACGCAACUGUUCUGUGGAAUUAGCAAAGUCUAAAUCAAAAUAAAUAAAAUAAUCGCGGGCGAAUGGCUAUGAUUCACCGUGGGUGGGUGGUUAUCCUCACUGAUCUCAAAAUUGGUCAAAUUUAAAAUUCGCAUUUUAACGACUGCAUAUAGCGUAUAAAAAAUGCCGUCAGCAUAUAAUUUCAGUGUAAUUUUAUUUAUUACCCUUUUUGUUAUAUUAAAAUUUUUAAAUGAAGAGGCAAGCAAAGUUAUUUUCAUGCAAGAAUUUGAAAUCAUUUUAUUUCAAACUCAAAGUUUAUCGAUGAAAGGCAGUUUAGCUUUAAGUACAUUCUAAAACGUUUUGCGAAGCGUUUGUGGUUGAACUUUACAUUAAAUUGAAGCUUAUAUUACGUUUUAUAACGUCUAAUCGCUUACCUAACAUUUAUAUGUUUGGGAAAUUGACAAUUUUGUAAUUAGAAGUGAUAUCUUUCGGGGAUAUCUUCGUGAUUCCAUGGCAACUACUUAAAUACUUCAUGCUCGGAAAAUAUAAUGGUUUUGUCAGUAAGGCGAAGGUUUCUGCAUGCAUGUAUUUCUUGUAAAUUUUAAUAUUUCCGUUGAUAAUUUUGUAACAUUGCGAACAGAAACGAUCAAAUCAUCAUCAACUGAAACUACUGAUCUACAUAUUGCAAUUUGAAUUCUCUAGGCCAUCAUUACACCAGUUUGGAUUUUUUACCGCCACGUCCCAACGAUCCUCAACAGCUGGAGGACUACAAUACUUCAGAAGAAAUAGCGACUUCACGACAAGAGACUGGCGCUAGUGCAGAAUAUGAGAACGUGACAAGUGACGGGAAACCAGCUCCAGGCCUCUCGCGUGGUGUGGUGCGCUACAGAAGAGAGUACAUGAACACAGAACCUGCGCGAAAUUCAUGGUAUGACAGACUUCAGUUAAUUCGACCAUUUGCUAUGGAGUGGCUUCGAAACGCUUGGGGAAAUGUUGACCAGUUCGGCCGCCAUGUUUAUGAUGUCAUGCAACGCGCACGACAUGUUUUUGUCCCAUACAACAAGUUGAGCAAUCUACAACAAGGUAAUUCAGCCGGAAGUGGAGGGGGGGAAAGUGGUAAUAGUUAUAGUACAAUAGAAAGACCCGCAGCAGUUAUAUUGCCCACUGAAAGCGAUAAUGCGUCGACAACAGAAAAUGUUUGA